AUGUUCAGAAGGCACAGGUCCCUUGCUUCAGAACGAAAGAGAGGAAUAUUUUCCCGAGGUGCUACAGGAUCCACACUGAAGAAUGAGUUGAGAAACUUCCACUGUUUAUCGCAUUUUGUGCUCUCAGCGGGCCCUCUGAAAUCAAUUCCAGUAGUUAAACAUUCAAAAACUACGCACUUUGAGAUUGAAAUACUUGAUGCUCAAACAAGAAGACAGAUAUGCAUUGUAGAUAAGGUGACUCAAACAUCUACUAUUCAUGAUGUUAAACAAAAAUUCCACAAAGCAUGUCCAAAGUGGUACCCUUCUCGAGUUGGCCUGCAACUAGAACGAGGUGGACCCUUUUUGAAGGACUACAUAACCAUUCAAAGCAUUGCAGCUUCUUCCAUUGUCACUCUCUAUUUUACAGACCUAGGUCAACAGGUCAGUUGGAUUACAAUAUUUUUGGCUGAAUACACAGGACCCUUGCUGAUAUAUCUCCUCUUUUAUUUGAGGAUCCCAUACAUAUAUGACAUGAAAGAGAGCGCUAGAAGAUUGCGCCACCCAGUGGUACAUGUGGCUUGCUUCUGUCAUUGUAUACACUAUAUCCGAUAUCUUUUGGAAACCUUAUUUGUCCAUAAAGUUUCUGCAGGACAUACACCUUUGAGAAAUUUGAUAAAGGGCUGUGCCUUUUAUUGGGGAUUUACUUCUUGGAUUGCCUACUAUAUUAAUCAUCCACAGUAUACACCACCAUCAUUUGGAAACCGUCAAGUCACAAUAUCUGCUAUCAAUUUUUUGAUCUGUGAAGCUGGAAAUCAUUUCAUCAAUGUAGUAUUAUCUCAUCCCAAUCACACAGGAAUUAAUGCCUGUUUUCCAAGUCCAAAUUAUAACCCUUUCACAUGGAUGUUUUUCCUGGUUUCAUGUCCUAACUACACCUAUGAGAUUGGAUCAUGGAUUAGUUUCACAGUCAUGACACAAACACUGCCAGUUGGGAUUUUUACACUUCUGAUGAGUAUCCAGAUGUCUCUGUGGGCACAAAAGAAGCAUAAGAUUUAUUUGAAGAAAUUCAGUUCUUAUAUGCAUAGAAAAUCAGCCAUGAUUCCAUUCAUACUGUAG